CACAUAUAUAUAUUUGAUUAUUGUAUUUGCCAAAUUAAAUGUUGCACACAACAAAUAUGAUAUUCAAUAGUUUUACCUGUAUGCGUGGAUUGAGCGAGUUUUGUGCAACAGCUUUGUUCAUGUUAAUCAGUUGCUUGGGCGGCACCGUGACCAGCGACCAGAAUGGAGCCAAUGGGAAUCUUAUGUCAAGUGUACACUACGGAUUGGCCGUCGUUGUGAUAAUGCACAUCUUUGGAUUUAUAUCUGGCGCCCAUGCGAAUCCUUGCGUAUCGAUCGCUUGCUGUUUACUUGGCUAUAUUGGCUACAAGAUGAUGUUCCUCUAUGUGAUCUGCCAGCUGGCGGGAGCAGCUUUUGGUUACUUUCUACUGCUGCAAAUGCUCACACAAGGCAUGAUUGAUGGCUGCAAGCAGGGCAUUUGCAUUGCAGAGCCCAUGAAGAGUCUGUCCUACGUACAGAUAUUGAGCAUUGAAGGCUUCCUUACAGCAGUCCUAGUUCUGGCCUGGUGCGCCCUUUGGGACGUACGCAGCGGUCGAUUUCUUGACUCGGUCACCCUGCGAAUGGGCUGCUUAGUAAUUGCAUGCAAUUUGGCCGGCGGUCAGCUAACGGGCGCAACGAUGAAUCCUGGCAAACUUCUUAUUCCCACGCUGUUCAAGGGGAAUCCGCAAACGGUGCUCCUGCAACUGGGCGGACAACUGUUGGCAUCCAUCAUUGUGCCACCCAUUUGGCAAUAUGCUUGCACACCGCGCUACAAACCCCUACAGGCUGACAACACUGAGAGGCCCACUCAAGAACUGUAUUUAACGCCAUAAAAAUACUGUUUGUUCAAUAAAAUAAUUAUAUAUGCACAUUUUA